AUGGGAGAUGCUGAAAUGGGCAAGAAGAUCUUUAUUCAAAAAUGUGUUCAGUGCCACACAGUGGAAAAAGGUGGAAAACACAAAACUGUUCCAAAUCUCUGGGACUUUUUUGGCCGAAAAACAGGACAAGCACCGGGAUUUUCUUACUCAGGUGCAAACAAAAACAAAGGUGUUAUCUGGGGAGAGGAAACUCUGAAGGAAUAUUUGGAAAACCCAAAGAAAUAUAUCCCUGGAACUAAAAUGGUAUUUGCUGGUCUUAAAAAGGAGAGUGAGAGAGAAGAUCUUAUUCAGUAUUUGAAAUGGGCAACAUCUUCAUGA